UCCACACUGUUUCGAUUUGCGCCGUUUUCGGUACCGCCUCUGAAGCAAUCGCUUUUAUUGUGCAAACAAGAUUACAAGCGCAAGGCAUAACUAUAAAUGGGCUCCAUUACUAUUGGCCGCUGAAGGUUUAAUGUGCUUACAGCUGGGGGGCGUUUUGUUCUCUAUAUUUCAGUGAAUCUUCCUGGUCUCCGACAGAAUGGAAACAAGUUUUGUGUAGAUCAGAAACAACCCGUAAGUGUGGCAGUAAUACAAAAAAGUGCUUAAAUUAGUUGUGGACAAAAAUAUUCAGAUUGGGAGCCAUUUCUGCUUAUCUUCCUCUGCUGGAUUCCCACCGAGUCUAAAAUACUGCUGUCCGGAACAUGACUCCUGUAAGCGCUUACAUUUUAGUGACUUGCGUGGCUUUAUGUGGCUCUAAGGGCGCACUGAGCGGCAAUGUGCUGGUGGUGCCAGGAGAGUACAGCCACUGGCUCAACAUGCGUGCCAUGCUGGAGGAGCUGGUGAACCGCAAUCACAGCGUCACCGUGCUGGUGAAUUCCGCCUCCCCGACGGUGGACUACACCCGCCCGGAGCGCUUCCACUUCGAGGUCUUCCAAGUGCCUUUCAGCAAGUGCCAGUUGCACGGCAUUUCCGAGGAGCUCAUCCGCUUCUGGAUAUACAAUGCGUCCGACGCUUCCGUAAUGGAAAUUGCGUCUAAGGUCAUAGAAGUGACGAGCCAGGCGACACCUCUGCAGAUGCAAGCGUGCGACGCGAUGCUCCGCGACAAGGAGCUGCAGGACAAGCUGCGACGCGGCGGCUUCCAUGUGCUGCUGUCUGAUCCCAUGAUCCAGUGCGGCGAUCUGCUGGCCGAAUCUCUCGGGAUCCCCCUGAUCUACUCCUUAAGGUUCUCCUUCGGUUAUACCAUAGAAAGGUUUUGCGGACAGCUGCCAGUCCCGGCUUCUUACGUCCCAGCCGCCCCAGGACAGUAUUCCGACCAGAUGACUUUUGUGGAAAGAUUAACAAACGUCUUAAUGUAUGCCUUUCAUACCUCAUUUUUUUACAUCCACUCGGUAGUCAACUGGAAUAGAUACUACAGUGACUUUUUGGGCAGACCCACGACGGUCUGUGACAUCAUGGGGAAGGCGGAUGUUUGGCUGAUUCGCACCUACUGGGACUUUGAGUAUCCUCGGCCUUUGCUACCGAACUUCCAGUUUGUGGGGGGUCUUCACUGCCAGCCGGCCAAACCGCUGCCCAGUGAUAUAGAAGAGUUUGUGCAAAGCUCUGGAGAUGCUGGCAUUGUGGUGGUUUCUUUCGGAACGCUGAUUCCGAACCUGACCCGGGAAAAGGGGAACGUGGUUGCUUCUGCUCUUGGACAGAUCCCACAGAAGGUCGGGGCCGGACUAUUAACCAAACUAAACCAUUUUCAAAAUCACAGGUACAAGGAAAGUGUCAUGAGGUUGUCUCGGAUCCAUCACGACCAGCCGAUGAAACCGCUGGACCGCGCCGUCUUCUGGAUCGAGUUUGUGAUGCGGAACAAAGGAGCCAAACACCUGCGUGUCCAAGCUCACAACCUGACCUGGUACCAGUACCACAGUCUGGACGUACUAACUGUGCUGCUGGGCAGUGCCACACUGGCUCUUUACACCUUUCUGAAGACAUGCAAAUAUUGUUUCUGGUUGUGCUGCCAGAAAUCAAAAGCAAAGAACAAAACGGAAUGAUUUCUGUACUUUUUUAUACUUUAUUAAAAAACUUUAUUUAUACUUUUGUAUAAAUUUCCUGUAAGCAGUUAAACUUUUAAACACUGUGCUAUAUAUACAAAUGAUUUGUCUUGUCAGUACUGACUUGAUACUUCAUUUUUAAAAUUUUAGUCUCUAUAAAUAAAAAAUUAGGCAAAGGAGCUAAAUAGCAUCUGACCCAGUCAAUGUUUCCCUGCAUGACAUAAAUCCUGUUAGUGCAGGGAUCUCCAA